UCCCUGCGGCGCGGCUGCCGCGGUGUCCGCGCGGCUCUCGGGCGUGUCGCGGGCCCGGGCGCUGUCGCAGGGCGUGUGGCCCGUCCCCCCCGCCCCCCGCAGCCGCGGCCGGAGAAGAUGGCGGACCGCGCGGAGAUGUUCUCGCUGUCCACCUUCCACUCGCUGUCCCCGCCCGGGUGCAGGCCACCCCAGGACAUAAGCCUGGAAGAAUUCGACGAUGAGGAUCUGUCAGAGAUCACGGAUGACUGUGGUCUGGGCCUCAGCUAUGACUCAGACCACUGUGAGAAGGAUAGUCUUUCCCUGGGGCGUUCGGAGCAGCCGCACCCCAUCUGCUCCUUCCAGGAUGACUUCCAAGAGUUUGAGAUGAUCGAUGACAAUGAAGAGGAGGAGGAAGAGGAGGAGGAGGAGGAUGAGGAGGAGGAUGAGGAGGAGGGAUGCGUGGAGGGCAAGGAGGGAGGCCGAGGCGGCCCAGGGGAGCCCCUGAUCCCCUCCCCCACCUUGGAGGAAACCCCUAAGCACCGGCCCACCACGCUCCACCUGACUAAGUUGGGAGCCCAGGACUCUCUCAACAACAACAACGGAGGCUUUGCCCCUGGACCCCCGCGCGCCUGGCAGGAGACCGAGCUGAGCGCGCCCGCCCGGGAGCCGCUCCGAGAGCCGCCCGCCCCGCGCGCGCCCCCCAGGGACAGCCCCUCGCCCGUGAGCGCCGCGGGAGCCCCGGGCGCAGACGGGGCGUCGCCGUCGUCGGACCCGGGCAUCGAGGCGGACCUGGGCAGCGGCGGCGGGCGGCGCGGCAGCGCGGAGCUGUGGUCGCCGGGCUCGGGCCGCCUCAUCUCGUGCAUCUCCGAGGCCGAGCUGGAGCUGAGCAGCGACGGCGGCAGCAGCAGCAGCGGCCGCUCCUCGCACCUCACCAACUCCAUCGAGGAGGCGUCGUCGCCCGCGUCCGAGCCCGAGCGCGCGCCGCGCCGCCCCGCCUUCCUGCCCGUGCGCGCCGACGACACCAACAGCGAGUACGAGUCGGGCUCCGAGUCGGAGGCGGACGUGAGCGAGGAGGCCGACUCGCCCUGGCUGCUCAGCAACCUCGUGAGCCGCAUGCUGUCCGAGGGCGCGGCGCCCAUCCGCUGCCCCGGCCAGUGCCUGUCCCCCGCCGGCCGCGCCGAGCCGCCCGCCGCGCCCUGCCUCGUCCUCAGCAACCCCACGCGCGACACCAUCACGCCGCUGCGCGCCCGCGCCUGCUCGGCCGCCUGCUCGGAGGAGGAGGACGACGACGACGAGGCCGAGGCCCGGGGCCAGGUCGGGGCUGGGCGCGCGCACCCCACCGCGGCCCUGGACGCGUCGCUGGUGUACGACGCGGUCAAGUACACGCUGGUGGUGGACGAGCACACGCAGCUGGAGCUGGUGAGCCUGCGGCGCUGCGCCGGCCUAGGCGAGGACAGCCAGGACAGCAGCGGGGAGGCCAGCGAGGAGGAGUCGGGCGCUGCCCUGCUGGACGCCGGCCAGGAUCCCGGGGACGAGUCCCCUGACAGCCCCGACCUCACCUUCUCCAAGAAGUUCCUCAAUGUCUUUGUCAACAGCACCUCGCGUUCCUCCAGCACAGAGUCCUUCGGCCUCUUUUCCUGCCUUGUGAAUGGCGAGGAGCGGGAACAGACCCACAGGGCUGUCUUCAGGUUCAUUCCCCGCCACCCUGAUGAGCUGGAGCUGGACGUGGAUGACCCGGUGCUGGUGGAGGCUGAGGAGGAUGACUUCUGGUUCCGGGGCUUCAACAUGCGCACCGGAGAGCGUGGCGUCUUCCCUGCCUUCUACGCCCAUGCUGUGCCGGGCACUGCCAAGGACCUGCUGGGGAGCAAGCGCGGCCCAUGUUGGGUGGAUCGCUUUGAUGUGCAGUUCCUGGGUUCUGUGGAGGUACCCUGUCACCAGGGCAACGGGAUCCUGUGUGCGGCCAUGCAGAAGAUUGCCACGGCUCGCAAGUUGACCGUCCACCUGCGCCCACCUGCCUCCUGUGACCUGGAGAUUUCCCUUCGGGGCGUCAAGCUGAGUCUGAGCGGAGGGCCUGAGUUCCAGCGCUGCAGCCAUUUCUUCCAGAUGAAGAACAUUUCCUUCUGCGGCUGCCAUCCCCGUAACAGCUGCUACUUUGGCUUCAUCACCAAGCACCCGCUGCUGAGCCGCUUCGCCUGCCAUGUCUUUGUCUCCCAGGAGUCCAUGAGGGCCGUGGCCCAGAGUGUGGGCCGUGCCUUCCUGGAAUACUACCAGGAGCACCUGGAGUACGCCUGCCCCACAGAGGACAUCUACCUGGAGUAGCCGCUCCGCCCUCCCACUCCAGGUGCAGCUGGGGCUGGGGGUCUCAAGAGCCCAUGGUGGCUUCAGCAAGGACUGGACUGGGGGCCUUCGGGGCCUGGGCUGUGCUGGAGGCUCCUCCGUGCUCGCCCGCCUCUCUGCUCCCCUGCCUCGUCUCCCCAUCUGCCCUGCCCUCUCUGUGCCUGCACACUCUUCCCUCCGCUCUUUACUUUGGGGUCAGAACUGGGGGGCGAGGGGAGGGGAAGCGGCAGGGAGCAGCAACGUAGGCCCCCAGGUGGCCCCUCCUGCCCUCCCCGUGAUUUAUAAAGGAAUUUUAAUUUUUAUAGUGAAUCUCCAGGGAUUAUGGCCUCCUUAACCAUGGGGACAGAGGAAGGGACCCCCUUAAUGCCCCAGGUGGAGCUCAGGGGAGCAGCGAGGGGUCCCCAAGGGCUCUGGGAAGACAGUGGUUCUGAGGCUCACUUAAGCACCCAGGCCUGCCAUGAGGAGGGACCCCGCCCUGGCCACACCAGCGCCCGCUUUGCCUCUGCAAUGCUCCCCGCAGACCAGCGCCUCAAUAAACUCUCUGCUUGGUGUGA